AUGGAAGAAGUCGAAUCGAAGCUACAAAAUGUAGUCAUUAGUGAUGUAAAAUCUAAUCAUAUUGUAGACAACAGUCAUAGCGUUUUAAAAGCAAACAAAGAAAAAUUUCGUGAAUGUCAGGAGAAUGGUGAUGAACAACUUCCCAAUGGACUACAAUCACCAACAACACACCAAACGUCGACCGAGAACGAGGGAUCAACAGAAUUAAGCGAAUUGUCAUCAGAUAUUGUUACUGAAGAAAAGUGUUCAGAGACUCCCGAGUCAUGCGAGACAAUUGAGGUCGUGCGGGAUAAUAAAACAUUUAGGAUCACAUAUAAAGUUUAUGAAUCGGAGCUAGAGCUGCCGAGUAUUAUGAAGCUCAUCCAAAAAGAUCUCUCGGAGCCUUACUCCAUUUACACUUAUCGUUACUUCAUUAAUAACUGGCCAAAGCUCUGUUACUUAGCACUUUACGAGAACAAAUGUGUCGGAUGUAUCGUUUGUAAGCUUGAUAUUCAUCGUCAAAUCACUAAGCGAGGAUACAUAGCAAUGUUGGCUGUUGAUAAAGAAUUUAGGAAGCUCAAAAUAGGCACAACACUUGUGCAAAAAGCAAUAAGAGUCAUGAGAGCGAAUCAAGCCGACGAAGUCGUACUCGAAACAGAAAUAACAAAUCAACCAGCUCUAAAGCUUUAUGAAAAUCUUGGAUUUGUACGAGAUAAACGAUUGUUUCAUUACUAUUUAAAUGGAGUCGAUGCAUUACGUUUAAAGCUUUGGUUCAGAUGA